GGCCGGCUCAAUGCAGUCGUGACUUGAUGAGUCAACAUUGAACCCCGGAGAUAGGCCGUUGACGAUAGGACAACGGCAAAAGAUCAACAAAGACGUGGAAAUUGCCAAGUCGGCCUAUCCGAAUGAUUAUCAGUUGCUCCAUCCCGCAUUUUCAAUCUCCGAGUGUAGUCUACGGCGUCAUAAGUCGUCUUGUCCUAUCGUAGGACUAAGCCAGGUGGUGAUGAGCCAGUUUGCAGCUAGGACUUGGACAAAUGCCGGUGGUGCCCAAGGGACAACACCUGGAAGAUCCAGGUUGGUGGACGUUGGUGGACGUUGGUCUUCUCGGGCAUACAUUCCACUUCUGUGUUUGCUCUGUCGGUGGGUUUCACCAAGACUCUGGCAGCAUGCCAGUGUUGACCGCCAGGACUAGGGACUGUCCCACGGAAGAGAUGAAGUGUAGUUGGCUGGAUGUGAUGGGUGAUGCGGAUGGCCGUCGGUGUCGGAAAACAGAAUGGGUGGGGAGGUUGUGUUGCACAGAGACACGGGAAGCGAACUCCCGCCAGCAAGCCUCGGCGAGAGACCACUCCGUCUUCAUCCGUCCACGCCGCAACAGCCGUCGACCCUCUCCCCGCGAUACGAUAUCUGUUCUGUUAUCAAAACAGGAAUUCACCCAUUUUUGAUGGCCAUCAAAUCAACGCAAAGCCAUUUUCGAGGCUUCAGUCCCAGUCUGUUUUCUCUAUCGAGAUGACUGCGUCGGUGACCUGAAGAAAUCACUCAAUAACCCAGGAGUGGUUAGGUAGGUGCAGCUUAUUCCCGUCUUUCGAGGUCAUGUUACCCCCGUGAACAACUCGAGGAGCCUUUUUUUCAGUUCU